UCGCGUAGGAGAGGUGUUACAUGGGCGUAACGAGCUGCGCCCAUAAUCACCCGCGCAGCUACGUUCUGGAGCAGUUGGAGCCUCCGGGUGCUUUUCAAGGGGAGCCCCAUGUAGAGAGCAUUACAGUAGUCCAUACGGGAGGUAACUUGGGCAUGAGUGACCGUACGCAAGGAGUCCCGGUCCAGAAAGGGACGCAACUGGCGGAUCAGGCGAACCUGAUAAAAGGCAUCCCUGGCCACGGCUGUCAAAUGUUAUUCUAAAGAUAGCCGUGAAUCCAGGCGGACACCCAAGUUGCAGGCCCUCUCUGUGGGGAGCAAGAUCUCAUCCCCAAUUGUCAGUGAUUGUACCAGCUGACUAUACCGGGACAUAUAUAUGUAUGUGUGUGUUUGUGUGCAUAUAUAUGUGUGUGUGUAUAUAUGUAUGUAUAUGUGUGUAUGUAUAUAUGUGUGUGUGUGUAUAUAUAUGUGUGUGUGCAUGUAUGUAUGUAUAUAUGUUCCUGGAAGUUGAAGUCCACAGGUCUUAAAGGGGCCAGAUGUGAUUUAAUUAAAUAUUAAUAUUUAUAAUAAUAAUAAUAAUAAUAAUUUAUUAAAUAAUAAAUUGUGAUGACACAUUUUACAUGGGCCUGGCUUAAGAUGGGAACCAUCAAGAAAGAAACGGAAGGUUUAAUACUGGCUGCUCAAGAGCAAGCACUACAAACUAAUGCCAUGAAAGCAAAGCUACAAAAAUCCUCCGACAAUCCAAACUGCCGACUUUGCAACCACAAAGUCAAAACUGUUUCACAUUUAAUAUGGGAAUGCAGCAAAAUCGCACAAACUGAUUACAAAGCUAGACAGGGCUGAGUUGCUAAAUUAAUCCACUUUAUUAAUCGUUAUGUAAAAAAUACGACUUUGCUGUAUCCAAAAAGUCAUGGGAACAUAAAGUGGAAAAAGUUAUAGAAAACGAGAAGGUGAAGAUCUUGUGGGACUUUCGAAUAUGGACGGAUCGUCACUUGGAACACAACACGCCAGAUAUCACAGUUGUCGAAAACCGAUACAUACAAUUUAUUGACAUCGUGGUACCAGGAGAUGCCAGAGUGGAAGAAAAAGAACUGGGAAAAAUCAUGAAAUAUUGCGACCUGGCCAUCGAAACUACACGGCUAUGGAUGAAACAUGUAACCGUGAUACCCAUUGUCAUCGGGGCACUUGGUACCAUGUCCAAGAAUUUUAUAACAUACAACAGCAAAUUGCAGCUUCCUGCAAUAACACCAGCGGAACUGCAAAAAACUGUGCUACUUGGAACAUCGUACAUCUUAAGAAGAUGCUUGGUUGAUCCCACGGACGCUGGCAGCAACCCCUAUCAACCAUCAGCCCCAGUCAAUGGUGGAGUUCUGCCGUUUUUCACUCUUGCAUCGUGGGUACCUGGAGGAAGUGGACUCCUUUGAAUUGCACAAGUCAUGCUGAGGCACUGGGCAAGGCUACGGAGGGGUCUUCCUUGCUUCGUGACCCCUAGAAACAGGGCGCAGGGCACAAUCCCCCCCACGGGGGUCCCCCAGCGUUUCUCCCACAAGCUACAAGGAAAUUCACCGGCUUGGUUGGUCACAUCAGAAAAGAGUAAAGAUUGGGCUGUCCCCAAUCCCAGCUGGAGCCAAGAAAUGAUGAUCCAGUUCAACCGAUUCAUGGAGAUGACGAAAGAUGGCAGAUGGAGGAAGCUGCCAUCUUACCGAAGUUACUCUGAUCAUCUUCCAGAAGGACUCCAGAAGGAAGAACUCCAAAGCCAAAAACGCCGCCUCUUUCUCCGAAAUAUCGACAGGGAAGGCAUGGGCUUCGAGUACGCCAUGUUCAUGAACCUGUCGGAGAAGAGGGUGGCGGCCGUCUUCCAAAUGGGGCCCUAUCUUGAGGGGCCUUCAGGGUUCACCCACGGCGGGGCCAUCGCCACCGUCCUGGACAGCAUGGUGGGGAGCAGCGUCUUCUCCGUCAGCCGCAGGAUAGUGACCGCUAACCUCAACAUAAACUAUAGGAGUCCCGUGGCAUUGGGCUCCGUGGUCCUGGUGGACAGCAGGGUGGACAAAAUCGAAGGCAGGAAGUUCUUUGCAAGCGGCGAAAUGCGGAGCACCGAUGGACAGACCCUCCAUGCAGAGGCCACGGGUCUCUUCAUCGAACUGCAGCCCCAGAAAGAAACGGAUUCCAGCAGCUCCCCUUAACAGCCAACCACAGGCCCAGCUCUUCGUCCACCUUCCUCUCCCUCGACUCUCCCACUACAAGCCCCUCUCAAGAGUUUCAUCGGUAUCUCUCCUGCCUUCUUUGCCCAACUGGGUGGAACAUCAGCGUGUUGAAAACGGCAGCCCCACACCUGUUUGGCAUGGCGCCAUUUGUCGUGGAGGUGGUCGGCCAUGAGUCCCACAAACUGUAUUUCUUGUUGGGUUGUCAGCUCACACGUCUGACCUUGGUGCCAUAGUUCAUAGAAAAAAAACCCAGUGGGUGUUUUCCGGCUGCUUUCGAACUCGCUCCCCCCUUUCUUGGCCCUUCGAGGAUAUUUAUAUUUUUACCCUUUCACAUGUGGCAGAUGUUUUUCUUUCGAGGCGAGCUUCCGAACUGGUGGAGUUGAAGAAAAAUUGGACUGUGUGAGGGUCGUUGGGGAGGUGGGAGGUCUCUCAGCUGGGUGGUUUCCUUCAGACGUUUCUGGACCCAACUAUGUACCGUCAUCAAUGCUUAGAAAGGGUGGGGUUUGCGGAGUGGAGGAGGAAGAGGAGGACUCUCAAAAGCGACAAUUUAACCCAGGGGUCGGCAACCUUAAACACUCAAAGGGUCACAAAGGUCCUGACCAGAAGCCCCCCUCCCCUUCAAUUCUGGAGCUGACCGGAAGUCCGCUUCCCCCACCAUAGAGUCUCCUCCUAGUGCAGCAUCCUUUUUCCUCUACCUGUCCUAACCGAAAGCCCUAUCAAUUGUGGAGCAGACCAACGAUGGAGCUGCAGCAGAGGGAUGAAAGAGCCACACGCGGCUCCAGAGCCCACCGAUUGCCGACUCCUGAUCUAACCUAUAUCCAGAUCGUCACUUUUGAGAGCCGCUCUUCUUAACCUUGGGGAUGGUUUCAGAGAAUGAGUGACUUCAGGAAGGGAGACCCCAGGUGCUUUAUUGUCCAAUGGGGCAGCAUUACCUGGUUGCUCCCUUCCUUUUGUCAACGACGCCUGCGAAGGUUUCUGCCCAUGUGCUGGUUAUCACAGCAUCCCGCAUUCCCCAUUGUCUGGGCCUCUUCACUGGGUCUGCUCGGAGUUUGUGGGGUGCAUUGACCUUACGCCUUGUUAAACGCCUACCUCUGCUCCGCCUUCUGAGCGAAGGAAGGAUUGUUAGCACUUAAACCUAUUUUUACACAAAGUAUUUUACAUGUUGGCUUGAGUAACCGUGAGAUUGCAAAUGACAAAUUAUAAAUGUAAUUUAUUCUCUUA